CCACUUUUUGACUGAAAAUGUCAAAUCUUCAUUAACACUUAUUAUUUAUGUCAGGUUUUAUGGCUGUAUUUCACAAGUGGUUUUUCUAUUCAACAAACAAUCUAUAUAGGACCUAUUCAGUUUUUAUGAAUCUUCAACAACAACUGUCAAUACUAAAUGUUUCCAUGAUACUUUAAUGUCCCAGUUUUCUCAUUUCUGAAAUAUUUUAAGACAAAACAUACAUGAAAUCAAUUUUUUUCAACACAAACUUUAAAUUGAGUUGAUCAAAACUUUUGUACCGAUAGUAGAUCUCAAUAGUAAUUUUUCUAAAAGGUUCAAUAAAAUUACACAACCUGCAGAAUCCAGUAGGCCUACAGACUGUUUUAACAUGCAAGUUUUUACUAUCACAUCUAAAAUGAAAAAUUUAAACAAGCAGACAUCAGAGUGCACUUAACAGUGCCUUCUUUUGAUUAUCUACAGGUUCGUGUUUACAAGUUUACAACCAACUUAAUGAUAAAAAAAAAUUCAAGAAACAAAAGUGUGACUCAGAAAAGGACCUGUAAGGGUUCUGUGGUUUAGAUUGAAACAGAAAAAAGAAAUAUUAUUUAUGCAACAACAUUCUUGAAUAAGCUUGUUUUUACACUUUCCACAUGUAACAUGCUGUUGGGUGCAGGCUCAGUCUUGUUAUCCAAACGUCUUGUUACAACACUGUUUAAAGCAUGAAAAAGUGCGCCUAAAAAGAGAAAUGUGCAUAAAAGAAACCUGUAGAUGGCAGUAAAUCAAAAUAACGAGGCCAAAAGGCUUAAAGCUUUGAUGGGGCUCUUUUAGUUUAUAGGAUGCAGGUGGUGCUGUUGUUGGGAAAAAAACCCACAAAGAUAAAAAAAUAUAUUUAUAAAUCGUAUGCAAGAAAGGUUAUUUAGAAUACAUAUAUAAAAAAUACACCGUCCUCCCGCUGCACGCGGAGGAGGUGCUGUGUCACCAAGCAGCGGUUUCCGAUUGUGUCGCCCGAAAGGCGGGGCGGAAGGUGUGGUCUCGUGACGACACAUGCGGACAUGCGUGCUGAUGACGAUCUCCAACUGCCGUGGCUUUAUGAAAGCCGAUGUCCGCACACGGGAGGCGCUCUUGGCAGCUGUUUCACAACGGUUUUCUGAGGUUAUAUAGGCAGAGAGCGCGCGCCGGUCUCUGAAGAACCGAGCCAUCGACCGUGGCCCUCUCCUCCACUCUGUCCGCUCUGAGGGUUACCCUACCAUCCUCCUCGAGGAGACUGUUAGCACCGCUCCACCACCACCAACCAGGGGACCGAGCCGCGCUAGUGGCUGUGGGGGGAAGUGGGCUUCGUCUUGUCUUUCAGUCAGGCAGCCUCUUCUUUUCGUCCUCCUCCUCCUCUUCUUCCUUUCCUUCUCGCUCCUUCCACACAGAUGCUCCCAGCCGCCCCGCUUGACAGGAGUGAUGGGAUGUGUCAACUAGCAGAUGACGCACUCCUGGAUAAUGUCAUCGGACUGAGAGAUUCAUCUGCAGUCUGCUCACUAGAAGAAGACACGGGAGGGACUGAGGAAGAGGAGGGAAAGGACUGUGAAGACGCCAGGAUGGGUGUGGGGAAGAACACCUCAAAGUCCUUGGAUAGCAGCAGUGACGGCGGAAAAUAUGAAGACGACAGAAAGCAUGGAGUCGAUUUCUACCCCAUUCCGGUGGUGGUUAAUGGAGUGGGUGGUGCCAGUGGGGACCAGGACACCGAGAACACAGAGCUGAUGUCCAUCUACACUAAAGAUAAUCAAGGAGCAGAGAAGAGCUCAAUGUCUGAGACGCUUGACAGCACCGGCAGCACAGAUGCACGGAGGAUGGAUAUGAUCUAUACCAUUGAAGACACCCCACCCUGGUAUCUGUGCGUGUUCCUAGGCUUACAGCACUACCUGACUUGCUUCAGUGGAACUAUUGCGGUGCCGUUCCUCCUCGCUGAGGCCAUGUGCGUGGGCUCCGAUCAGUGGGCCACCAGCCAGCUCAUUGGGACCAUUUUCUUCUGCGUGGGGAUCACCACCCUGCUGCAGACCACGUUUGGCUGCAGGUUGCCUUUGUUCCAGGCCAGCGCCUUUGCUUUCCUUGCACCAGCCAAAGCCAUCUUGUCACUGGAUAAGUGGAAGUGCAACAACACAGAGUUUCCGGGGCUGAACGGGACGGAGCUCCUUCAUACCGAGCACAUCUGGCACCCAAGGAUACGGGAGAUCCAGGGGGCCAUCAUCGUGUCCUGCCUCAUCGAGGUGUGCAUCGGAUUGCUGGGUCUGCCUGGGAUGCUGCUGAAGUACAUUGGACCUCUGACCAUCACCCCCACCGUGGCCCUCAUCGGGCUGUCGGGCUUCCAGGCUGCAGGGGAGAGGGCAGGAAAACACUGGGGCAUCGCCAUGCUGACCAUCUUCCUGGUGCUGCUCUUCUCACAAUAUGCCAGGAACGUCCACUUCCCCCUGCCGAUCUACAAAGCCAAGAAGGGCUGGACCUCCUACAGGCUGCAGGUCUUCAAAAUGUUUCCUAUCAUUAUGGCCAUCCUGGUGUCGUGGCUGUUGUGUUUCAUUUUUACUGUGACCGACGUUUUCCCACCGGAGAAGGACAAGUAUGGUUUCUACGCGCGCACAGACGCACGUCAGGGCAUCCUCACAGCCGCUCCGUGGUUCAAAGUCCCCUAUCCCCUCCAGUGGGGUAUGCCCACCGUGACGGCCGCAGGCGUGAUCGGCAUGAUGAGCGCUGUGGUGGCCAGCAUCAUCGAAUCCAUUGGGGACUACUAUGCCUGUGCACGCCUGUCCUGUGCUCCUCCGCCUCCCAUCCACGCCAUCAACAGAGGGAUUUUUGUUGAGGGCAUUUCCUGCGUUCUGGAUGGACUUUUCGGAACAGGAAAUGGCUCCACCUCCUCCAGCCCCAAUAUAGGUGUUCUGGGAAUCACAAAGGUGGGCAGCAGGCGUGUAAUCCAGUACGGUGCUGCCAUGAUGCUGCUGCUGGGACUUGUGGGGAAAUUCAGCGCCCUGUUUGCCUCUCUGCCCGACCCGGUUCUGGGAGCUCUGUUCUGCACCCUGUUCGGGAUGAUCACCGCAGUGGGACUGUCCAACCUGCAGUUUGUUGACCUGAAUUCCUCCAGAAACCUCUUCGUCUUGGGUUUCUCCAUCUUCUUCGGUCUGAUGCUGCCGAGCUACCUCAAGCAGAACCCGCUGGUCACCGGCAUAGUGGAAAUUGACCAAGUGUUGAACGUUCUCCUCACCACUGCUAUGUUUGUCGGAGGCUCUGUUGCUUUUAUUUUGGAUAAUACCAUCCCCGGGUCCCUGGAAGAACGAGGCAUCAGAAAGCUGAAGCGUGGUUCUGGCCUCAGCGCUGCGGAGCUGGAAGGAAUGAAUUCCUACGACCUGCCUUUCGGAAUGGACUUCAUCCGCAGACACUCUAUCUUCAAACACAUCCCCAUCAGCCCCACCUUCACGGGCUACCACUGGGGGAGGCGAAAGGACUCCAUCAAGAGCAGAAAGGGACACGGGGACGCAGUGAAGGGAGGGGAGGGAGGCUCAGCUUCAGGGGAGAGCGGGGUAUAGCCGCCGGCCCGAAUCCAUCUUUAGAGUGUCCGAAUAUAAGAGGAAUGAACGGUACACUAAAGAAAAUGAUGGGAGAUUGGAGCACAAACGCAGCGCAGGAUUGUGUGGAAGAAAAUAUGUUGCACCUGCCCCCCACCCCCACCCCCCUCAGCAGUAUGUCUUUCCUUAAGCCUCUUAGGCUAGGUUUUUAAGCAUGCUAUAGCAAGUCACUGCACACUGUUGUCCCCAGGUAGAGGUCUGUUGGUGUGCAUCCAUGUGUGCAUUAAGCAGGGGGGAAAAACAGCCGUCGCGCUUUGAUCAUCUUCCACAAUGCGACAGCCGGACAUCCAACUCGGUUGAUGAUCCACAGAAUUUGCAGUCGCGCCCAUUCCCCAACUCAUCUGAAAGCAUUCUCCUAAAAACUAGCAGUGCUGUAGUGUCAAUCGAGGACCACGUUCCGACUUAUUUGCCUCCAAACUUUAUGCAACCGCAUUUUGAGAUGCACGCACACACCGACAGCCUCCGUGGAACUCGUUUGUGCUGCAGUGCAGACUGAUGGAAGUAGCUUGUCGGAUGCUCUUAGCCAUGUGAUUGUGAGUUGUUUUUUUUUCUUCUUUUUUCUUUUUGCACUGUCUGCCUCCUGAGUUCAAAAGUAGAAUGUCACUGCACAGCCCCAGAACUCUCUCCUCUUCCUCAGAGAUCCACACAUCUGCAUCAUCUGCUCACCUCCCACACUAAACUCUCAGCUCCACAGCUUCACAUCUUUGACAUCCAAGUUUACAUCCCCUCUCCCUGUCAGUAUUAUACACCGGUUAGUAAUCCAAACUUCCUGACAUAAUUCCCAAAAUAUUUUAUUCCACACAGUAAGCUUUUAAAAAAUAUUUUAUACAUUAUACUAAAGAUGGAUGAAUACAUUUAUUUGCUUUACAUGUUUGCUCUUUUCUAUUGGAGCGAGCUAUGAAACCGUCAUGGUGACACGAGUGCAUUUAUGAACGCUACAGUGUUCAAACACACACAGCUAUAGACGCAGGGCCUUGUCUGGAGAAUGAGGAGCAGCAGGAAAAAUGUAUAACUUUUAAUCCGAGUGCAGGGAUUACUAAUCUCCUGUGGAUUGGUCAUCACAACUGUUCUGAAAAACAAGGAUAUGUUGGUGAGAAGUCAGGCUUUUCUUUCAUUCACCCAUCUGAAUCUAGAUUUGUGCAGUUAUUUUUUUUUAAAUUUUGCUCUGUCACCCCAAACAUCCGACCAAUCUGCAUUCUUGAGCUGCUUCCAACAGCUAACAAAGAAAACAGUUUAAAAAGGAUGAAGAAUAUGGAACUCCUCUGGUGUUUUACCAAAGCAAGAUGCUGAAAUCUCUCAUUUUACUUCUGCUGUUAUGUCAUUUUUGGUUUUUGUUGCUACUGAAAAAAAUGUACUUUUUUUUUUUUUUUUUUUUUUUUUUUUUUACAUGUUUUAUAAGUAACAUGCUAAAUGCUUUCACGGAGAAGGAUUUUAUUUUGUAUGUUCCAUUGUGGGAAAGUGCUGAAUCUAAUUAGUUAGUUUUACAUGUUUACAUUUAACCUGAUGAGGUGGUUUCUACUGUUUAUGUCUAUCGUUUCUUGCUUUUAUUCCAUUCCAUAUGUAAUGUAUUAUAUUUAUAAGCAAGAUGGAGACACUUUAAGACGUAAAACCUGAAAACUAGGUGGUGGUUUUUUUUUUGAAGCUUUGUUUCUGUAAACGCCGUUUGCACGAGAAACGAUGCCAAAAUCAGAGGUCCGAGAGUCCGAUUUACGCACCUGAAAACUUAGAACUGAAAUCUUCUUAUAAACAUAUCUACUAUUCAAUAAUCAGACAGUUUAACAUUAACAUUAAUUGUAAGCCCAGAGUUCAUGCACUGAAGAUUUUGACGCUCUCCUCCACUGAAGAGUUUUUGGUGAUGAAGUAGAUUUGGGAAAAGUCGCAGCAUCUUCUUUGGUUUUUUUUUCAAUACCAUUGCAUCGGUCCAUCAUCAUGCAGCCUAUAAUGAACUCUCCUUUGAUACCAUCCUCCCUGUCCUGCUAUGAAAAUGUACUGAUGUCCUGUCAUGUGCAGUCUACCUGGUUUUUCUCUCCAGGAGUUCCACCUGUUCAUAUUUCUGGAUACAGGAGGGGACGCUUGCUGAAAGCCUGUUCAUUGGCAGCCUUUUUUCAUUUCAGAUGAACGUCGGUUGUCUUUGUGCCUGAAAAGUAUUUUUAUCUUUAACAAAUUUGUUACACAAGUGGUCCAUUUAGAAUAAAAAAGUUAUAUUUCUGGCUUCUUAAGAAAGUGACCAGAGGGAUUUAAAAACAAAGAUAUUCAUCCCUUUCAGUUAUUUUGAAGGGGGUGCUACCUGAAGAUUAUACUUGUUUUUUUUUCUUGUUUUUUCUUUUAAAAUGUUUUUUAUACAUCGUUUUGUUUUGCAAGCAAAUAUUUGUAUGGAAAAAAAAAUCCCAACUUUUAACCUUAAUUCAUCAUGGAAAGCGCACUGUCUUGUACUUUUAAUCUAAAAAGUAAAUGCAUUUGGAUCCUAUUUUGAAUUGGUGAUUUAUUUUUCUUUUAAGGCAUUUAAUUUUUUUAUGUCUAUACAAUAAAUUGCCAGUUUAAAUCAAAGAUCAAGCAAAGUGGCUUUAAAUGGUUAACACGCAAAAUAUAUUUAAUGUUUGCAAAAAAUUCUGUCAGAGUUGUGUAAACUAAUUGUAGCAUCAAAAUGUUUUAUUCUUGUUCCUAAAACUUUAAUAUGAUGUUACAGAAUGAA